UAUUAUAGUAUUAUAAAUAUUGGAGCGAACAGAAAAGAGGACACAGCGCAGAGCCGCCUCAACAUCUGAAACAGACUCUAUCCCUAAUCCCUAUCUUCUUCUCUGCUCUCUCCGCACGCUUUGGCUCCUCUGAUCUCAGUUUCUGGUUUUGAAUUGUAGGUGUUGUUGGCUUGGUAUCCGUGCAAGUUCUGCUGUAGCCGAUUUGAAGGUGAAGGUGUCACCUUAAAGUUUCUUUCAUGUUUGAUCAGGCUACUAUCCAUUUGGGAGCAACUGAGCUGCUUGGAGAGUAUUUUUCUUCUUCUAGAAAAAAUUACAGACCCUCAUCCCAGAGAGUUAGCUGUAUGCAUUGCGAGACAUAUCAGAAAUUCAUUCAGUUUUCUGGUUGCGGUUGGCCACCUUCCAUUAUACUUGAGGGAGAUUCUUCAAGGGCACAAGCUACCUUAGAGGCUGAAAUUGCGGCUGCGUAUAAUUUGAAUUCUGGCAUUUGCUGCAUCUGAAUAUCUCUGAAACUUUGUAAGUCAACAUGGCUUUACAGAACAUUGGUGCUGCAAACAGUGAUGAUGCCUUCUACAGGUAUAAGAUGCCUAGGAUGAUUACCAAAAUUGAGGGCAGAGGUAACGGCAUCAAAACUAAUGUUGUCAAUAUGGUUGAUAUUGCCAAGGCAUUGGCAAGGCCUGCGUCUUACACGACCAAGUAUUUUGGUUGUGAACUUGGGGCCCAGUCAAAAUUUGAUGAGAAGACCGGCACUUCUCACGUCAAUGGAGCACAUGAUACUGUUAAGCUUGCUGGCCUUCUUGAGAACUUCAUUAAGAAAUAUGUUCAGUGUUAUGGUUGUGGAAAUCCUGAAACUGAGAUCAUAAUCACUAAGAACCAAAUGAUCCAGCUGAAAUGCGCUGCUUGUGGUUUUGUGUCUGAUGUUGAUAUGAGAGACAAGCUGACUACCUUCAUCAUUAAGAACCCUCCAGAGGUUAAGAAAGGAUCCAAAGACAAGAAGGCCAUGAGGAGAGCUGAGAAGGAGAGACUGAAGGAAGGUGAAAUGGCUGAUGAGGAACAGAAGAAAGUGAAGAAAGAGGUUAAGAAGAAAGGCUCUUCAUCUUCAAAAGAUGGCACUGCUAAAUCCACCUCUUCAAAGAAGAAAGCAAGUGGCUCUGAUGAAGACCGCACUUCACCUACUCACAGUCAAAUUGAUGAGAAAGAGGAGGCUCCAGAUGAAGAUGAUGGUGAUGAUGACGUGCAAUGGCUGACAGAUACAUCACUUGAUGCUGCUCGUCAACGUAUCCAAGAACAGUUAAGUGCUGUGACAGCUGAUAUGGUUAUGCUUUCUACAGAUGAACCAGAGAAGAAGAAAAAAGCAGCAAGUAACGGAAAUGGCGGUUCUCAGAAUGGUAACUCAAUGCACUAUGGGACCCUGGUUGGGGAAGUGAAAGCUAAUUUGAAGAAAGGUAUUGGAGCGAAUGAAUUGCUGUCCCAUCUUUCAGCACAUCCUGCACCUGCUCAAGAAAAGAUGAGUGCUCUGGUUGAAGCUCUAUUCGAGGGAACUGAGAAAGGUUUUGCUAAAGAAGCUGAUAAGAAGAAGAACUACUUUGCUGCUGCUGUUGCCGAAGAGGGAUCCCAGCUGUUAUUGCUUCAUGCUAUUGAAGAAUUUUCUUGCAAGUCUACUUCCAAUGCUUUGAAGGAGGUUGCCCUGGUUCUAAAGGCACUCUAUGAUGCUGAUGUGUUGGAGGAAGAGCACAUAGUGCAGUGGUAUCAAAAGGGACUGAAGGGCGAUAACAAGAACUCUAAGAUUUUGAAGAAUGCUCAACCUUUCAUUGAUUGGCUUCAGAGUGCAGAAUCAGAAACCGAGGAAGAAUAAUUUUUCCUACAUUCUCCGUUACUUAUGUUUACUUGAUUGUGUCAUGUUCUUUAUUUCCAAUAAAGGUUAUUGUAGGCCCCAUGUGUUGUUGAACUACUAUACUGUGCGAAUGGUGCAUGCUUGCUGGACCAGUAUGUAUGCCUCAGUGCGUUUUGUGAUGUGCGGUUCUAAUGUAAUUUUGUUUUUGGUUGUUGAUGAUUAUGUUAUAUGUUGUCUUGAUAAUAUAAUAGUAGUACUGCUUUUCUGUUGUGUCUAA